AUGGCCUCUAUUCGCGUUCUUUCCUUCGAUGCUGAGGGCCGUCCCGUGCAGUUCACUUCCUGGCUCGACGACCUGCAGUUGUAUCUUAUGAGCAAUAGCACGGACCACAUCUCCCUCUAUGACUACGCGUCUGGUGCUGCCGCUGCUCCUGCUGCCACAGCCGAGCUUAGUGUACGUUCACAGUGGCAGACUCGUGACGCUGCAGCUCGCCUGGCUAUUCGCAGUCACCUGCCGUUAGCUGAGCUAGAGCACUUUGGCGACUGCAAAACCGCUAAAGCCCUAUACGACGCUGUCGUUGCUCGCUACUCCUCACCUGCCACAGCCGAGCUUAGCCGUCUCAUGCUGCCUUACCUGUUCCCUGACCUGUCCACCUUUGCUACAGUCGCCGAUCUUAUCACCCACCUUCGCACUAGUGAUGCUCGCCUGCGUGCCGCCCUUCCCACCGAGUUCUGCGCUAAGAACCCCCCUCCCCUGUACUGGGCACUCCACUUCAUAGUCACCCGUCUCCCUGACACCCUCAGCUCAGUGCGCGACUAUUUCCUUGCUCGCUGUCCCACUGAGCUCACUGUCGCCCUCCUAGAGGAGAAGCUGCUAGCAGCCGAGAAGAGCAUUGUAGCUGUAGUCUGCUGGCGCUGCUCUGGUGGGAGGCGCCGCACCGGCAAGGGCAAGGGGGGCAAGGGUGGCGGGGGUGGCGCUGGGGGGGGAGGGGGUGGGGGAGGUGGGGGGGGAGGCGGUGCUGGAGGGAGCGGUGGCGGGAGUGCCGGUGGGAGUGGGGCCGGCGGCGGAGGCGGGGGCGGCGGCGGGAGCAGUGGCGGUGGUGGCAGCGGCGGCAGUGGCGGCGGUGGCGGUAGUGGCGGUGGCGGUGGCGGUGGUGGCGGUCGGAGCGGAGGUAGUGGCGGCGGUGGAGGUCGGAGUGGAGGCACCGGCUCGGGCCAGAGCUCCCAGCAGCAGCAGCGUCCCCAGUCGACCCAGCAGCUUCGUGAGUGGCUUGCUCAGCGUGGGACGUCGGGGGGCAGUGGCCGCUGUUCCUAUGUCAUUCGCACAGGUGAUCGCAAGGGGCAGACGUGUGGAAAGUUCCACACUCAGUACCGCUGCUUCUUCCGCCUUGACGACGCUUGGCGUGAGGAGAUGGGCGAGGAUGUUGAGCGCCCUCGCUGGGCUGAGCUGAUGAGGGCUGGUGUUGAUAUCUUUGCUCUUGACUAUGAUGCUAUUAUUGCUGCCAUUCCUUGCCCAGUCCACCACUGUGCUCCCUUGUCCGGCGGUUCCGUCUGGCUCGUUGACGGGUUUCCACCUCCCCUCGUUCUCGACGAACCUGGUGAGCAACGCUGUCAUUCAGGAUCAGUGGGUUGA